AAUUUUUGGCUCCCAUUUUUAUCAUGCGGAGCUAUAUUGAAACAGUUCACUUAAGUAGAAGACCCCUUAGUGAAUUAUGAUUAACGAGUCAUUAUGAAAUAGUUAUUUAUAAUGCAUAUAUUGUAUUUUAUUUGAUAAAGGAGUAGGCAAACGCUACAGUAUUUAAAGCUUUUUAAGACAAGAAUUUUUAUUUAGUAAGAGAUGACUUUUAAAGGUCAUGAUAUGGCUGAUAUUGACUGGGGAAAAUGCAUGCUUAUAUUUCAAAUAUUUCUACCUACUGCUAUUGCAAAUAUGGAGCCAGCCAUUGCUAGAAUUGUUGACAUUUUGAGCCAAACGUAUACUCAGGAUAUAAAUGAAUCGUUGGUUGUUGUAUCAUUGACAGUGAGCAUUGCAAGCAUUCUACGGGCAUACUUAUCACCAAGCCAGGCAAGCCAAAUAUUUAUUAUAUUGGUUAACUCUAAGGCAGACUUGAAGAAAGGACUGAUCUUUGUGCUUUGCAGUAGCACCAUCACAGCAGGGAUUUUUCUUGUGAUUGGCCUUACACCAGUGGGAUAUAUCAUCCAAGUGCUAUUUCGGAUUACUAAUCAACAACUUGAAGAAGUUCAAUUUGGAAUAGCAUCUCUCUGUUUGCUAUCAGUGAUCCUAAAUAUUGGGUAUGGAAUCCAUGGAUUAUUAUUAAAGAAAAGACACACCUAUUUUUGUCUCCUCGCCGAGGUUUUGAACUUCAUCUCAAAAAUAGGGAGUGCUUUUUGUCUUAUGGCUACACCCUUAAUAACUAAAAGACCAAUUUUGAUAUUUGUAAUAUCAAUUUAUGUAGCAGCAUUUGCUUAUCUUCUCUUAAGCUUUAUAGGAUACAAAAUAUACUUGAUCAAUGAUCUACCAGCUGAAAGUACAAUUAAACUGACAUACCAUCAAAUGAUUAAAGUAACACUACCCCUAGGACUACAUGAAUUGAUCGAAAGAUGUGAAACUUUUAUCCUUAGCUUUACAGUUGCACAACUCACACCAUCUGAAUCUAUGCGAAGUAUGGCGCUGGCAAAUAUUCAGGUCCUCCAUGCAUCAUUUUACUUAUUGCGAAGGACGCUAACAAGUAUCGCAACAAUGGUACCUGCAUAUAUGGCAUCUGGGAUGAACUCAUCAUUACAUUUUGACUAUGAACUAGUUAUCUGCACCUCAAUGAUUGCAUUUGUUUCAUUUUUGAUUUCAAUUUCAAUGUGCUGGAUUACUCCCAUUACAAGGGUUAUAUUUUUAUAUUUAGUUCACAUUUCUGAAGAAAAUUUAAUUGCAGUAUACUACCCCUUUAAGUUGUACACAUUCUGGCCAAUUAUACAAACAUUUGCUUUGUUUUCAUUUGGAAUUUUACUGCAUAAGAAAGAUACUAAGAUGUCAAUAGUGAGUUCUGCUUGCCAAGUCAUUACAUUGGGUUCUCUGCCAUUUGCAUUAGAUCAUCUUGGAUUUGAUAUUUUACUGUCUUCAGUUAUAGCUUUGUUUACUGCUCAGUCAUUUACUGCAGGUAUACUUUUCUCUUACCUUUAUUUGAAGUAUUUAAGAAAAUCUCAAUCCCAUCAAAAGCAAGUAUGAUGUUAGGUACUAUCUAGUAGUUGCGCACAUUAUUCUAUGUGUAACCCUGGCAAUUACUUUAUUCAUGUAUUAGAAUAACAUUAUAUUAUUGGAAUAAAGUUUAAAAUGCUGUAAUGAACUCCUGGUUAAUUUCAGAAUACAUACAGACUAGGGGUGAGACGACAACCCGAUGAGUCGAGGACUCGCGGGUUUGGGGCUUCGAGUCGAGUCGAAUCGAGUCGAAGUUGAUGAAUCGAAUCAUUUUCGAGUUGACAAAAAAUUCGAAAAAAUAAAAAAAUUCAGAAAAAUACUGUCAAUAUGCAUGUUUUUACUCGAUAUUGCGUUGAAUAUAUAAGUUUCAAUGACUUGGAUAUGCUUGUAUUAAAUUAUUAUAUUGUAUGUACACAUAAAUGAAAGAAUAUAUGUAAUAAAAUCAGAAUAAACUUACGACGAAUUGUGUUUGUUUAUAUUUCCGGCUUUCCACCAUUGACGCAUUAAAAAUACGAACGGUCAAAAGCGAUGUUGUUCGCACUUUAUCUGACUCGAAACGGAUUCGAAACUCGAAUCGUCAUUUUCUGACUCGAAUCGGAUUCGACUCGAAUCGGAUUUUUUCGACUCGUCUCACCCCUAAUACAGACGAAUG